CCUGUCCCAUCAGCUGCUCUGUUUCUUCCAUCUCCCUAAAAUCUCUCCCCAACACUUCCCCUCUUUAUCUUCACCCCAAGGCUCACUCAUUCACUCUCACCAAGAUCACAGUCACCCCCCAUUUGCAGCCGCUCGCUCCCAUGGGUCCUUUCGUCAGGCGCUCUUCCCUUCUCAGCAUUCUGGGCAUACUAGUAGCCCUUCUCUCCAUUUCCACUGGUGUAUUAGGAGCAACGUUCACCUUUGUCAACAGAUGCAAGUACACGGUUUGGCCGGGCAUUCUCGCGAAUGCAGGCAGCCCUAGGCUCGACAGCACCGGGUUCGAGCUCCCCAAAGGCUCCUCCCGCUCUUUUCAGGCCCCAACUGGCUGGUCUGGCAGGUUCUGGGGCCGGACAGGCUGCAACUUUGAUGGGUCCAGCUCGGUUUCAUGCCAAACUGCUGAUUGCGGGUCGGGUCAGGUCGAGUGUAAUGGGCUGGGAGCUGCUCCGCCCGCCACACUCGCAGAGUUCACUCUCGGGAUGGGCAGUCAGGACUUCUACGAUGUUAGCCUCGUAGACGGGUACAACUUGCCGAUGAUAGUAGAACCUAACGGCGGCUCGGGUGCAUGCACGACAACUGGGUGUCUGGCGGACCUGAACGAGCAGUGCCCCAUGGAACUGAAAGCGGAAGGGGGCGGCGCAUGCAAGAGUGCAUGUGGUGCAUUUGGCAGCCCUGAGUACUGCUGCAGCGGCGCAUACAGCACACCCGCUACUUGCCGCCCCAACAUCUACUCCGAGAUGUUCAAGGCGGCCUGUCCCAGGUCAUAUAGCUAUGCAUAUGACGACGCCUCGAGCACAUUCACGUGCACUGGGGCUGAUUACACUGUGACGUUCUGCCCCUCCACUCCAAGUCAGAAAUCGUCUCGGGACUACUCCACACCCGUAACAGGGCCCACAACAGAAACGACAGCAGCACCACAAGGUUCGGAUUCCAAUUUCGUGUCGGAUCCCGGCUCUGAGCUGGAGUUCGGGUCAGGACACUCGGAGUCAGGGUCGGUGGCAUAUAUGGGAUCCACCGAAGAAGGGAGCGGGGCGCUGCUGGCCGACGGGUCAUAUCUUGCUGAUUUGGCCAUGGGAGGCUCACCACCGAGGACUGAGUCCCUCCCCCCAUUUGCCCUACUGUCAACUCUGACUCUCCUGCUAGUUCUUCUUCGCUCGUAAACUCGUAAUGUCUCAAUCCCAUGGUUUCCCCUUUUGGUUUGGUUAAGUGUAUAUACGACCAAAAUUUGCAGCCCUGCUUUUGGUUUUGUUAUGGCCUUUUAAUAUGAAUGGCUGCUAUUAGAAGUGUGAGUUCCCAUUGAUUAAUGUCUCUGAUGAAUGCGCUGUUUGUAAGCAUUUUAAUACUUAAAUUGCUAUAUGAGAGCGGCCUCGAUUUCGUAUCU